GACAUCAUUGCCGUGGAAUUAAUUAAGUACGGAUCGACGCAACCAAAUCAAAAGAGAGUUCUCCAUUGAAAAAGGGUAGUUUUCUCUAACAGUAUGACCCAGCACACCGGGUGGGUGACCUUUCCCUCUCCUCGGCCGAGACACACACACACACACACUCUCUCUCUCUCAUAUGGAAAGGGGAAACCACUUUACUGAUGUUGCUCUCUCGCCCUCUUGUUACAGAAUGUCAAUAAGGGGGGGUUUGUUAUGGAUGGGAUCGACGUCGGCUUCCCGUGCCCACCUUUCCAUCCACUCGCUCGUGUUAUCCGAGCGAGAAGUCUACACACCAUACGAACCGAUCUCUGGGCAGAGUUGAGACUUGAGAUGAUUCUUAGUCGUCACCAAUCGCAACGAAAUGCGAUAUUCCAACCAGACCUCUUCUCAGAGAAAUCAAUCCGGAAAAUCGCAGCUCGCAUGGGAGUCAUCCUCAACGAGGCGGUGUCUUGUCAUUCGUUCUUUCCGACCUUCAACAAUACGUGCAAUGCAGCCCCCGGCCGAUGGGCACACUUUUCGUUCCGUCAGUUCUCCACAACGGAAGGAAGCGGGCCCUCCCACCUGACACCAGAAGCGGCUGGCCCUCCUCCUCCCACCCAUGGUGCCGCCAAGGUGUCAACUUGUUGUUCUACGGAUGGAUACUCCGUACGUAUACUACACUACUGCGCAGUCUUGCGCUUGGAGGGGAAGAAGCAGAAGAAGAGGGACUCGCAGAUGAGGGCAAGGGAGGGGCAAGAGCGGAGGGCGACAGCCCGCUUUAUUUCUCGGCGACCGGUGGCUGGCUGCUGCCGGAUCGACAUUGAUGAGCGGGCUGCGGGAUGGGCAGACGAAAUGCAACGGGGUUCCGUUGAAUGUGUGCAGUGGAGAGAAACAGAGAGCGACAGACCACGUUUUUCUGGAAAGAAUGAUCUGCAAAGGUGCGUUUCCAUCCCCUUUCCUGGGAGAGAGCCAUGGGUUCACUGCUGCGAGCUAUCCGUACCUACCCAGAGGUGAGCUGAAUCCACAAACAACUGAACGAAGGGGAAAUGGGACCGGAAGACAAAGCACAGCUGGGACAAUACACACGACUCAGCUUCCACUUGGCA